AUGGCGGAAAACUCACCUAACCCUGUCCCCUUCUCAGAGCCCCCUUAUCUACGUGGUCUCCCGUCCCCGUAUAUCACACCUGCCCACCGGGAAUUCCAGAAGCGAUGCCGCAAGUUUGCAUGGGAGAACUUGAUUCAACAUGCUAUGGAAUGGGAAAAGGCAGGAACUGUCCCUGAACAUGUCUUCGGCACAUUUUGCAAGCACAACAUGCUGUUGCCAAACAUGCCUGCCCCACUUCCCGUGGACUGGCUUAAGCGAUUGGGGAUCAAUGAUAUCCUGGGUGUCAAAGUCGAGGAUUGGGAUUACAUCUACACUGGAAUCUAUUGCGACGAGCUGGCUCGUUCUGGCUUGAGCGGUCCUGGUGGAUCUUUGAAUGCGGGCUUUGCCUUUGGUAUCCCCCCGAUUGUCAAGUUUGGCAGCAAAGAGCUACAGGAGCGAUUCCUCCCUGAUCUCCUUACCGGCAAAAAGCGUGCCUGUAUCGCUAUUACCGAGCCCGAGGCUGGGAGUGACGUUGCAAACAUUGUCACCACUGCUACCAAGAGUGCUGAUGGCAAGCAUUAUAUUAUCAAUGGAACCAAGAAAUGGAUCACCAAUGGUAUCUGGUCCGACUAUGCGACCAUGGCCGUUCGAACUGGUGGUCCUGGACCCACUGGUCUCUCGGUGCUGGUCGUGCCCCUGAAGAACCACCCCGGCGUGACCAUGCGUCGUCUAAAGGUUGCUGGCCAAAUCACUGGUGGUACUACCUACAUCGAACUGGAUGAUGUCAAGGUCCCAGUCUCGAACCUCAUCGGCAAGGAGGGCCAGGGCAUGCGCAUUAUCAUGACCAACUUCAACCAUGAACGUCUUGUUAUCUCCGUUGGAGUCACUCGUGCUGCACGUGUGGCUCUUUCCGCUGCUUUCUCUUACUGCCUUAAGCGCGAGGCCUUUGGCAAGACCCUCAUGGAUCAACCCGUGGUGCGACAUCGUCUUGCCAAGGCUGGCGCUGAGCUUGAAACGAUGUGGGCUUGGGUUGAGCAGAUCCUCUACCAGCUCUGCCAUAUGAGCAAAGAAGAGAGUGACAUCCAGCUCGGUGGGUUGACGGCCUUGGCGAAGGCGAAGUCUGCCAUGGUGCUCAAUGAGUGUGCCCAAGUUGCUGUCCUCUUAUUCGGUGGCAAUGGGUUCACACAGACUGGCCAGGGCGAGCUUGUUGAAGCAAUUCUACGAGAUGUUCCUGGCGCCCGUAUCCCCGGUGGCUCUGAAGAUGUUUUACUCGAUCUGUCCGUUCGUCAGUUGGUCAAGAUCUACCAGGCACAGGAAAAAAUGCUGUCCAAGAGCUCCAAGAUUUGA